UGGUUGAACAUUUCGGCACACAGACGAUGAAUUUGAUUGUGACUGCUAGUAUCUUACUCCUGGCUGGAGGUGCGUCAGUCGCUCAGAUAAUCUCCAUCGGACAAUGCCCGGAACAUCAGGUGGUGCAGAAUUUCGACGUGCUUGCCUACGCCGGUGAAUGGUACGAGCUUAGUCGUUACGAAACGGUAAACCAACGGGGCGGCGAAUGCGUUCACGUCAACUACACAUUGAACGAGGAUGGCUCAGUGCGGGUUGAAAACCGUCAUCUAGUUCCACCCGGUGGUCAGUUUGAACUGGCCAUUGGACGGGCAGUGAUCUCGUUUCCCGAUGAAGUGCCGCUGCAGGGAAAGCUGAACGUUAGCUUCGGUGCAAUGCCUCCGACAACGUCGAACUAUUGGGUGCUUGAUACGGAUUAUACUAGUUUUUCGUUCGUCUGGAGUUGCUUCCCCGUUAGUGACACUAUUCGUGGUGAAAACUUCUGGUUGCUUUCGAGAACUGUCGACCUCUCGGCCAGCUCCCAAAGUCGCGUUGACGAGUUGAUAGAUCAGUAUCUGAUGCAAAGACAUAUCAGAGUAACCCAACAUGAUUUGCCCUACUGCGGUGAUCAGGAAGUAACAAUAGAACCAAUCGAAUAAAGUCCGGAGCUACAUGCUACACCAGCGGACUUGAGGAGAGUUAUACUUUAAUGCUGACUGUACGUGGAGUUUGUCACCUUGGUUGACUAUAAAAAAAUCCUUGAAAAAAUCCAUCGUGUUUUAAUACAAUCAUUGCACCUAUGAUGCACUAAA